AUGUCUCCGGAACAGACAGCCUCAACCAUGGCGGAGAAGGAUGUCGAACACCCCGUUGACAUCCCGGUAGCCAUCACCGCUGAGAUCGAACAGAAAUAUGGCAUCAAAGCCCACUGGAAGUGUCUCGCCGCUUGCACUUUGGUGUCCAUGUGUCCCUUUCAAUAUGGCCUCGACUUUGGUCUCAUUGGCGGUUUGCAAGCCAUGCUUGGCUUUCUCAAGGUCUUCGGCCACCCAGCCCCUCACGUCGUCGGCGGCUGGAACCUCUCCCCCGGCCGCCAACAACUGAUCUCCUCGCUCAUGACCCUCGGCGCUUUCUUGUCUUCCUCUCUCGCCGGGCCCACGGCAACCUUCCUGUCUCGCAGGCAAACCAUCUGGGCCGCUUCUCUGUUGUGCAUCGUCUCCAACGUAAUUAUGAUGGCCACGACCUCCAUCGGCGGGCUCUACGCCGGCCGUCUACUUCUGGGUCUAGCAAACGGGUUUUACAUGACCUUUUCGCAGUUGUACAUCCAGGAAGUGGCCCCGGCUCGCUAUCGCGGCUUGAUGAUCUCCAGCUUCCAAGUGUGGACUUCGGUCGGCAGUUUGGUCGGUAAUGUAGUCGAUAACUUUACGGAAAAGAUUGACGGAAGGGAUAGCUAUCUUAUCCCGCUUGGUCUGAUUUUCAUUUUUCCUGUGCUGAUCAGCUUGGGACUGUUUGCCGUUCCGGAAAGUCCUCGUUGGUUGAUGAUGCAAGGGAAGGAGGACCAGGCGAGAAAGAGUCUGCGGUGGCAUCGUCCUUAUACGGAUCAGAUGGUGGCGGAGGAAAUUAAGGAUAUUCAGUUGGCGCUGGCGGCGGAGGGAGAGAUGCUCACGGGGGCGAGUGUGUGGGAUAUGUUUAGGGAUCCGGUGGAUAGGAGGAGGACGAUUCUGGCGGUUUGUGGGUUGACGGUGCAGGGAGCGUCGGGGGCGAUGUACAUGAUUGCAUACGGCACCUACUUCUUCAAGAUGGCAGGCAUCGGCAAGCCCUUUGAAAACCACGUCAUGCUGACCUCCCUCGGCGUGGUUGCGAUCCUCGCCAACUCGGCCAUGAUCACUCACUUUGGUCGUCGGCGCGUCUUCCUCAUCAACGGUCUGAUCCUCUGCGGCGUAGCCCAGCUCCUUACAGCCGUCAUAUAUACCGUCAAACCGGGUACCAAGUCAACUGGUCAAGCCAUUGUGGCGCUCGCUGUCAUCUAUAUCCUAGGAUAUAACGGCAUGGUAGCGACGUACGCGUGGAUUUCGGGCGGCGAACUUCCAUCGCAACGAUUGCGGUCGUACACGUUCGGUCUGGCGACAGCAAUUGGCUUCUUCGCGGCGUGGUUGACAACGUUUACGGCGCCAUACUUUAUCAACCCGGAAUCGAUGAACUGGGGACCCAAGUAUGGGUAUAUCUGGGCGCCAUCUUGCUGGAUCUCUGCUCUCUGGGUAUACUUUUACCUACCAGAAGUCAAGGGCCGCACGUUGGAAGAGAUUGACCAGAUGUUCGAAGCGCAGUUGCCGGCGAGGAAGUUCCGCAAGUACGUGUGUGCUGGUCGCGGUGAUGUUGCAAACGAGUCGGACAGUGUCAAUUCGGAGAAGAAGGGCGACGAGGUCGUGCAUGCCGAGGAGGUGCGUUAG